CUUUCAUUACCACAAGGCAGGGCCUUCUCCGUAUCUAAUCCCAAGUCUCCGUUCUUUCUAGAUUGUCAAGAUGGAUCCACAUUCAUUACAGGACUCAACUCCUGUUUUUGACUCGCUGGAUAUCGACCUAGUUGUCAAGGUCAUGUCUCAUACCAUCUUCAGCCCAUUCUUUAUUUUCUUCAUUCCCGUUUUCUACUUCUUUCAAGGAGCCGAACUUACACACCCUAUAAUCCUCAUCUCGUCGGCAUAUUGGGUAGUUCUGUGUAUAUUUUUGUUCGGGAAAUGGGUUUCCGUACUGUGGAGAAAUCAAGGCAGUUUGUUAUUCGCACCACCCCGUUUCGACUGGGGAGAGCAGAUUGUUGUCAUCACUGGUGGUUCUUCCGGAGUUGGUGAACUUCUGGCGAACACACUUGCUGUACGCAACGUGACUGUUGCAGUCCUAGAUGUUAAUCCCAUCGUUACCGAAAAUUAUAAUAUAGUUUACUAUAAAUGUGAUGUGUCCAACUGGGAAGAGGUUGAAGCUGUACAUAAGAAAAUUGUUGAAGAGUUAGGACACCCGACGAUCCUUGUGAACAACGCCGGUGUCGUUCAAGGAAAACUCAUCACGGAUCUGAACCCUGAAGACUUGAAACAGACUUUUGGCGUGAAUACCAUCUCGCAUUUUUUCACACUGAAAGCUUUUUUGCCUGAGAUGAUCAAGAACAAUUCCGGACACGUUAUAACACUUUCCUCGUGUAUGGGACUCGCUGGAACUGCUCAAAUGACUGACUAUUGUGCAUCGAAAGCUGCCGUUAAUAUCAUGCACGAAUGUCUUCGGUAUGAACUAGACAAACUUCACAAAGCACCUGGCGUUCGUACAACCCUCGUUUGCCCCGGUCACAUCGACACCCCAUUGUUCUCCAAAAUGAACUAUCCGAAGACCCCAUGGCACAAAUUCACGAUGCCUACCCUCGCCCCAGUUUCAGUCGUAAAGGCGGUCAUUCAGGCCCUCGACGAUCAACACUCGCAGACGAUUUAUUUGCCGUUCUACGUGCAGGGGAUGCCCUACCUUCAGCAUCUUCCGAGCUAUUUGAGAGACAUCGCACAAUGGGUGAGCAAAGGCGACUAUGCCAUGGUUGGAUUUCAAAAAGUUUCUGGUCUUCGCGGAGAUGAGAAGAAGAUACAAUGAAACUAGGGGAUUAUAAGUGUUAUUUAUUGAAUAAUUUUUCAAACCAAGUUGUAACAGUUGGCAUAGUAGUGGUAUUUCGAUUGAUAUGACUUGUACCAAG